AUGACUGAAGAUACUGUCUUGCUGGAUAAAAUCCAGAAGGAAAAUAGCAUGGAAGAAAUCAAGCAAGUUUUUGCAGAAAAUUUGAGACUUUCAAAUGAAAUACGAGCUUCUCAAGCCGAAAAGGAUGAUUUAUCAAGAAGACUUCAAAUAUCAUUACAGAAAAUUCAAGAAUUGAACAAACAAAUAAAUGAUCAGAAAAAUAUUCAUUCGCAAAUUCAAGAAGAUUGCAUCAAAUCUUACGAAAAGCAAAAGGAGAAUGACGAAAUACAAUUUCAGAAGAAAAUCAACUGCUUAAAGACAGCAUUAUCCGAAAAAGAAAAAACAAUUCAGUCAUUUGAUGCAGCACUUAAUACAUAUCAAUAUCAAAUUGAUCAAAUAUGUAAUGCUGCAUCAUCUUACUUCGGAAAAACCAUAAAUGAUGCAGAAUCCGUUAUCAAAUUAUUAUUGUUACCAAAAGACAUAGAUGAGCAGCCACCAAUAACCCAACCUCCACCAGAACCUAUUAUAAUUAAAAAGGAAUCUAAAAAGGCUAAGCUAUACGAAGAGAAGUUAAAUGAAUCAGAACAACUUCGAAAAGAUAACGAAGCAGCAUUUAUACGCAAGAUAGAUUCAAUUGUAGACACAUAUGAAAAGAAAUUAAAGGAAAGAGAAAGCAAUAUUCAAGAUUUGAAUCUUCAAAUUCGUUCAUUGAAAGAAAAACUCGAACAAUCCAAUGAUCUUAAGGGUGAAAUGCUUAAAAAUCAAUCAAAAGAAAAGGUACAAUACCAGCUUAGUGUUAACGAGUUAGAAGCACAGAAAUUGGAAGAAAUUUCAAAAUUAACAAAGAAAGUCAACAAUUUGGAGGAAAACCUUCAAAAAGAACAAGAUAAAUCCGAAUUAUUAAAGAAACAACUUGUCAUAACAAUGAAGAAAUACAAAUCCACUGCUAAACAAUACGAUGACUUGAAUUCAGAUUUCGAAAAGCUUAAAUCUACAGAAAGACAACUGAACAAUGAAAACAAACAGCUUAUAUUAAAAGUUAAACAGUUAGAAUCGAAUAUUUCUGAUGCCAACGCAGAUUUACUUUCUUAUCAGAAGAAAAAUGAGGAGUUAUCAGGACAAAACAGAGCAUAUCUUAAUGAUUUGAAUCAGAGAGCCGUCGACCUCGAAAAAAUGAAAGUAACACUCUCUCAUUAUUUAGAAACAAAUAAUCAAGUCAAAAGUGAGAUAGCUACAGCAAAUAGUGAUAAGCAAAAACAUAUGGAGCAGUUAAAUGAUAGCAUUAAGUUGAUAGAACAGAAAGAAAAACAAAUUCAAGAAUUAAAUAAUCAAUUAACUGAAUUACGAAAGGAAAACAAUAGUGUCAAACUGAAACUAACAACUCUAUCACAACCAAUUAAAGAGGAUGAGCUUAUUCCUUUGGCUUGUUGGUCAUGCUCUCUGUUUCCAAAAGAAUUACAAAAUAUUUUAUCUGAUUUAGCAAGAAAUAGAACUAUUCAAGCUCCAACAAAGCUUAGGCAUUACUUAACAAUGAUCGCAGAAUGGUAUAACAAUCAAAUCGAUAGGGUAGAAUCCGAAAUUUCAAAAAUUAAAAUUGAAUCCGAAAAAUCUAACAUAAUGAAGAAAGAAUUUGCUCAAUCAAUGAAAACAUUACUUCCAACAUAUGAUAUUGACUUCACUAAAAUCAUUGAUUGCUGUGAAGAAAGACAAAAAUUUGUCAAUUUUAUUCAAAAAACACAGAUAAAUCUAAAUCUUGCUAAAGCAUCAUCCGAUGAAAAAGAAGCACAGUUGUCAGGUCUAUUAGUUGCCAUGCAAGCAAGUUCUCCAGAAGAAGCACAUUCAUUUAUUGGCUCAAUGUCUGAAGAAGUCAAUAAUCUUAAUGAUGAUGUCGAAAAAACAUUGAGGAAAAUGGAGAAGCAAAAAGCAAAAUUCGAGUCAAUAGAGAAGGAUUUGAAGCAACAAAUCGAUGAUUCAAACAAACAAAUUGAUAAUCUAAAAGCUCUCUUGAAGAAUUCAGAAGAUUCAUUCGAACAAAUAAAGAGAAAGAGUAAAAGUGAAAAAUUCGAAUUUUCUCAAAAAAUUCAAGAUUAUGAACAUAAAAUACAUGAGUUGGAGCUAAUUAAUGAAGCUAAAGUUGCAGAGUUACAGAAUGCCAAUGCACAAUCACUUGAAUUAAUGGGAAUUGAGAAGAAGAAAAACGUUUCUUUCACAGAAGAAAUCGAAAAACAAAAAGAAGAAAAUGAACAGUUGAAGGAAACAAUUCAGAUGUUAACGAAACAGAAGAACAAAGCAAUUAAAGAUAUGAAAGAAGAAGUCGAUCAAAAGCAGGACCAAUAUAAAAUGGAACAACAUAAAUUGCAAUCCGAAAUUACACUUUUGAAAGAACAAAUUUCCAAAGUUGUUGAUGAAUACAAGUUACAAAUCGAAGAUUAUAAGAGUUCUAUUGCUGCCCUAUCAGAAUCUAAGGUAGCAGUUGAAAAUAAAAACAAUGAAAUUUUAUCAAAUAAUUCAAAUUUGCAAUCUGAGAGACAAAAACUUUUACUUCAAAUCCAAUCGCUUAAAAAUGAAAUAGAACGCGAAAAGAGAUUAUCAGAGACUCAAAUUAAAGCUAAAGAAUCUCAGUUAUUAGCUGAACAAAAUAGAAUCAAUGAAUCAAUGAGAGUGAAAAGCGAAACCGAAAAACAAAACAUAUUCUCAAAGGUUGCAAAUGAAUUCUGCACAUUGUUUGACGUUUCAACUACUAGACUAAAUGAAUCCAACUUCGACAUGUUCCUUUCGAAUAUUAGGAAUAAAUUAAAUGAAUUGUUGACAGUUGAAACAAAGCUUAGAUUGCUUUUAGCUCUUGGACCUCAGCAGUCAAUUGUUGAUGCUGUCUCACAACUACUGCUCUCGAGUUAG